AUGACGACAACUGCGAACUUCACCGGUCAUGAAAAGCAGACCACAUUGAGUAAUCCUCUAGUGCCAUACUGUUCCCCAGAAUUAGCUGAAGGUAUACAACAUCCGCUUGUAUGUCUUAUUGUGCUGAACAUUUUCCUGUCCAUCUGUGCGUUUCUUGGGAACUCGUUAAUCCUAGUUGCGCUUCACAAGAAAUCAUCUCUUCACACGCCGUCUAAACUUCUUCUCCGUUGCCUGUCAGCAUCUGACCUCUGCGUUGGGCUCAUUGCAGAACCAGCCAUUGUUGUGUAUUGGACUUCACUNCCUGUCAGCAUCUGACCUCUGCGUUGGGCUCAUUGCAGAACCAGCCAUUGCUGUGUAUUGGACUUCACUAGUUUUUGGGGGGAACGCGACCUGUCGAUACUCAGCUCUCAUCAGCCACAUCACGGGUUACAUAUUGGGCUCAGUGUCUCUGCUAACACUUACGGCAAUAAGCAUCGAUAGGCGCUUAGCACUGAUGCUGGGGCUCAAAUACAAACAGAUUGUAACUUUGAAGCGAACAUGCAUGACCUUGAUCGCUGUGUGGCUUCUUUCCAUUAUCGGCACCACACUCUAUUUUGUGAAUUAUUUCAUAACACGGUGGUAUGGUAACAUUAUAAUAUUAUCGUGCCUGGUAACUUCUAUUUACGCUUAUGCCAUGAUUUUUCGUUUUCUUCGCUGUCAUUCAUAUAAAGUCAAAAAAACUGCCUAUCAAGGACAACCGGGCCAAAACCUCCAGCCGCUUAACCUUGCGCGAUACAAGAAGUCGGUCAAAACUGCGCUGUGUGUACAGCUAACUUUAGUAGUCUGUUAUCUUCCAUAUGCUGCAGCACACGCUUUGCCUAAAAGACCACAUGAAGUAUCCAAGUCUCUAUAUCUUGUAAGGGCGAUGGCGCUGACUUUAGUUGAUCUAAAUUCGACACUGAACCCAAUUCUUUAUUACUGGAGGAUCAGAGAAGUAAGACGAUCAGUGAAGGAAAGUCUGAAGAAGACUGGCCUGUUCUAG